GAAGUCAGUCAACAUGGCGGCCCAAGAUGAAGUUGACGUAUGUGAAAGUUGGGAGGAUAUGGACGAAAUUGGCUUGGACCAGAAGAUCAGGCUGAUGUCAAGUGACUGCGCGCCAGUGCAAACUUCACUCAAAGGUUGCAAGGUUACUGUUGAAGAGAGCGCGUGUAUUGGAUCUCAGUGCGUGAUGCCGGAGCCAGCUAUCCGUAUCCUGAAGAGGCCGUCGUCAUCGGGCAGCGGCCAGCUGAACGGCGAGAAUCGCGCCCGCCCGGUUAAAACUCUUGAACAAAGGCAAAAGGAGUACGCAGAGGCUCGGCUGCGGAUUCUGGGCGAAGCUCGGAGCCCCGAAGACGUCAUUGACGACAAUUUAAGCCGACUACAAGACAAACUACAAGCAAACAAUCUCAAUGACAAUCAAAAUACUAGUAAUAAGACAAAGACUCCUCAAAGUGACAAUAAUACCAAAGGAAGGGAACGUAAAGUCCUCACACGCCUGCCUCCCGGUGCCACAGUGUCUGGAGUGUUCCCAUCCCCACCUCCCCGGGGCGUCCUCGUCAUCCGCACCCCUCGAGGCCCCGAUGGCACAAAGGGAUUCCAAAAAAGGUAGCACCACCGACAAUAUUCAACUAACUCACAAAGACGUAAUUCACUUCCAUCCAUUCGAUUUAUCCGAUAAUGUAAAAUUACCAGUUGUGCUGUUGUGUUUGAUAUUAGCAUAAUAUUUGUUUCACAGUUUUUAAUUUUUUAAUUAAGUCACUUGAUUUCUUUGCCAAAUUCGAUUGAGGUCUAUUGUACUUUUUAUAGAACAUAAGACUGGAUUAUGUUUGUAUUUUACAAUGAAAAACUCGAUCAUUGUUUUGGGAUUGAAUUUCAUGAUUGGAAGAUAGAAACGUUAUAUGAAUUCAACAAUUAUGCUUGUAAGGAGUCUUCAUAGUUGCUAUGCCUCUUACCCAACUAUAGUAGACUGAUUUAGCAUACAUUAUAAUGGUUAGCAACAUUAUAAUUAGCUAAGGUCCCGGAAUGAUCUAAAUACAUACAGUUAUGCUUCAGUAAAGGCAAAUUUACACUAAUUAGUGUAAAUGAAUAAUAAGAGUACAUUCUGGUUAUGUUACCACACUCAAACAUAUUUCAAUUUAAUAAUCAGCUGCAUUAAUAGAAGUGUAAAUAGACAUAAUUUUGCUAAUGUCAAUUGUAAUAUUGAUCAUAAUACACCCAUUUUAAAUAAAUUCUAAUAUAUAAGGUUUGAAUUAAAAAUUGUGAAAUGAUAUUUAAAAUUGAAGAGUGCUCACUUCAGGGAACAAUGUUAUUGUUAAUAUUAAAGGUUAAAAACAAACAAAACAUUGUAAUACAAUGUUAAGAUGAGAUUUGAUGAAAUAGACACUCUACCUAAAUUGCAUGUAUGCAUUUACAUAUAUUUUAACAUAUAUGAGCAUAAUCUAAAGUUACAUUUCAAGUUUAAAAUUUCAUUUGUCGAUAAAAUUGAAUGAAUUUAAGGAAUAAUUAACUUACCAUUGUGUGAAUACAAUUUAUAUAUUACUAAAAAUUUAAAGUUUAGCAUUAAACUUUUUAUAUACAGUUUUUCUACAUGUAUAGCGUAUUUUUAGGAUAAGAUAUUGCUAAUAAUUGUAUAUUUAUAGUAUAUUAUUUUAAUAUGUUAAGUUUUUCAAUGCUUACACAUUGUUUGUGUGAAUUCUGACUUUUAACAUCUUUUUGUGUUAUUAAAUUCCCCUCAUUUGGUAUAUGAGUGAAUGACACUAUUUAAAUAGUCAAAAAUGCCAUAAAAUUGCUUGGCACUUAUGACCUUUAUGAUCAAGCAAUGGAGUUUACACAAACUGUGUGACUUUGCAUUUAAAGUGUGACUGAUAUUGUGUGUAUGUGAUCUGACCAGAUAUUAUUUUGAUUAUAAUUAUAAUAAGCGAUAUUAUUUAUAAAUAUUGUCUCAAUAAGACUGCGAUGAUGUCACUAAGCCUACAUUGUAGGAUAAAUUUUAAGUAUCUUAAAAUCUUUAUUACAAAGUAAAGAUACUUUAGUGUAGUCAUUUUAUUAGCUUAUAUGCUAGGUACAUACUAAAUAAAAUGAAUAUAAUCAAAAUAAUGUUGGUCGCACCAAACCAACGCUAGUUUAAGUCUACAUAAUAUAACAAGGAUUGUGAUAUAGAAUAAUAUUGUCUAUUGCAAACCUUAACUCGACUGUGAAUAUACGGAAAUACACUCUUAUCAUUUGACAUGUACUUUUAAUAUUGAACGUAGAUUUCGUUAUAAGAAGUACAGGGAUAGAUUAUCGAGUUUUAGAACAUCUUAAGUAGAACAUUGACUAGGAUAAAUUCGAUUGGGAAUAUAAAGAAUGAAAUACUAUGCUCUUGGCAGCGAAAAUUGCAUGAUAGUUACUGUAAUGCCAUUCCUUUCCUUUUGCGAGUCACAGAGAUAUUUAGCUCAUACUUUAUGUAAAAUGUUAUGCCUAUUUAAGACAUUGAUAUUUAUACAUGGAGUAUGAGUUUUAUUUAGAGGCAUAGAUUAAAAAAAAACGGGUUUUAUUCUAUAAAUAUUCGGUCAGUCCAUUGCUGUUUUUGAAAAAAUACAUAAACAGAUUACCCACAAAAAUACACAAGUUCUUGCAUAAAACCUCGCAUUAAAAUACUCAUUACUGUAUGUUUUGUGGGUAUUCUGUACAUGUAUUGAAUAUGUAUAUUUCUUUGAACCAGAGCCAAGUUAACUAGAUAGCCAAAAACGGUCAAAAUUUUACCUUGACUCGGUUAAAGGUGCCAAAAUCAUUUGCAAGGGUUUCACUAACUGAUGGAAGUACCACCGAUAUUUAUUAUGUGCCAUUUAUGAGGUUAGAUCAUUUAACGGAUUUUAAUAACCUAUUUAUUUGUAGAUUUGCUUAUUAGAUAUAAGAAUUUGACAUAACUCGUAUGAGGUUGAUGUCAAAAUCCUAUCUAUAUUAUGGAAAGAUUAUAAAAAUCUGCAGUAAAUGAUUCACUAACACUUUCAUAAUUAUUGCUUUCGCAUUGAGAUAUAAAAGAGGCUCCGUCCUAUAAGUAUUGUGUGAAAAAGAUAAAAAUAGCGAGCAAAACGCAUCGAUACAGUGCUUGGUAAAACAACGUCGUGCGUUCGCUAACCUAAAAACCGUUACAGGCCCAUUUUUCAAAUUCCUGCAGGCCUAGAUUACACCAAAUCGGAGCGGAAAAGUUUUUAAUCAACCAAUAGAAUUUUGUUAUUCACAUCUCGCGUUCGCCCACUCUAGUACUCAAAAGAAAUAGUAUCCUUGAGCAGAGAAUUUCUAUUUGUUAUUUAAAAACUUCUCCGCUUCGCUUUAGUGGAAACUGAGAUUCGGCUCGCCAUAUUUAAAAUACAGAGGUACCAAUACGGAAAGAAUACCUACAAGCAACUAUCAUUAUAUAGAUUUUACUUAUAGCUUAUGUAACGUAAAUAAACAAUAAGGCUCCAUUGAAAUUUUAGAGCUAAUAUCAUCCUUUUUACUAACAGAAUGAGGUAUGCUUCUUAUCCCUCUAUGCGGUACAGGCUUAAUCAUACUAUAAAUAGUUACCUUGUUAAAUAGUAACAGGGUAAUGUGUACCUAGCAUAAGAUGCAUCUGUAUACAUUUUGCAAUAAAUAAAUAAAUAGUUACCUAAGUAAAAACUAGAUGGCGUUAGCUGUGUGUAAAACUUUUGAGUAUCUGGUAAAUGCUAUUUCAUUCUUUAUAUUUCCAAGGAUGCAUGUAUCAAAAUAGUAAUGUUAAUUGAAAUUAUAAUCAUUAUUUAUACUUUAGUCGACGCGCCUAUUUAUAAGAUUCUCUUGUUAUUUAGUAUUUUGUACUGAAUAAUAACACUUGUAGCUACUUGGACGGCGAAGUGUACAUUGAAAGAAUGAAUCAGUAGUGGUGUUGCCAGGUGCGUAAAUGAAAAGUGGGAAAAUUCUUAAAAGGUUGAGUUGAAAAUGCAUUUAUGCCGAUCACCUCGCGCGCUUUUUACUGUCAAAUAAAUAUUUCCACUUUUGCUAAUACGAUGAAUAAGCUGGAUUUCAAUGUAUAUUCUGGGAUGACUGAAAAGCCGGUGAUGUCUCAAAAUCCCGCCAAAAGUACAACAUCUGGCAACACUAAUCAGUAGAAAAUCUACUGAUGAAGUGCGGAAUGUAAAGUAUUUUAGGGUUUCUUAUGACUAUGGUUACUAUUCAGGCUAUUUAACCCCCUAGAAGGGUUGCUCAAGGACACUUAGGUUGCGCAACCAAAUUGGUUAUCGCAGAACCUCAACCCUAAUGGUUAAUACCCAACAAGGUUACAAAAAGAGGUGAGAACCAACUGUGUCUUUUAUUUGUAGUAUAUUACCUAUAAUAAACAUUUUUAUACCUACAACCGAAUAUGUGCAUAGUAAUGAUAGAUAUUGAUCGUACGUAACACCGGCUAGAACAACAAACUUGUCAAACACAAACGUUGUUGUAACAAUAAUUUAUUUUAAAAUAAAAUAUUAGUCAUCUCA